AUGCCGUCUGAUUGGGUCCAGUGCAUUUGCGUCGUUACCUUUGAACUGGAGUUUGGCCUGGCGGUGGAGGUAACUAUUAUUGUGACUUCUUGUGCUCAUUUUCCUGCUGGCUAUCUUGUUAUACCAAUCCGUGUUUCUGUUGUAUUUUUUUUCUUUCACAGUUGGUCUACCCCAAUGACAACAAAUUAUCCGGGGAAGUCAAAACUAACCUCUGUUACCUGGCGUUUCCCAACUCCAAUUCCAGAUGUAUGGGAGUCACUCAAUUCCAUGUCAAGAAAAAAAUGGAAUGAUGAAUUUACAUUAUUUACAUUUACAAAAAAAAUUCUAUUUGGAUAA